GUCAUAGUUAUUUCUUUUCCAGUACAGUAAUAAGUGGCAUGGCCACAAUGAGUCAAUAAACCUAUUAAUUUGCGUAGGUUAUUUGAAUUCAUUUUAUUUUCCAGUCAUUCCUUUAUUCACUAGUAGAAAAAAGCAAAUGAGCUGCCCCAAAUGAGAAGCGGUUAUUGAAUUCCUCUUCCAAAAACCAACAAAAAAAAAAAAACUUGAAACAUACAAAUGGGGAGCGGUUAUGGGUAAACCGCUCCCAAAUAUUGUAAUUAGAAGCGGUUUGAACAUUGAACCGCUCCCCAUUUGCCAAAAAAACCCUAACAAUAAUAGUUUCCCCUCAUUUCUCACGCCUUCUUCUUCUUCUCUCCCCUUAUUUCUCACACCUUUCGCCUGUCUCCUCUCCUCUCUCCAUCUCCUUCUAUCUCUGCUCUCUCUUCUCCUCUCUCCAUCUCCUUCUCCUCUCUUUAUCUCCUUUCUUUUCUCUCUUCUCUUUUCAUCGGCCAAAACAACCACCGACAACCACCCCAUUAACAUAGCGAUCAACACCCCAUCAACACAGCGACCAACACUGAGCAACAUCGAGCAACAACGAGCACUACCAAGCAAUAACGAGCAACCCACCGAGCAACAACCACCGAGCAACAUCGAGCAACCCAUCAAGCAACAGCGGCACACCAACAACAACAACACCGACGACGCCCAUCGAGCACCACCAGCGUUUUCAUAUCUAAUUUUAAUUCAGAUGCGUUGGUGGCGUCAGAUGGGUGGUGGCUUCAGAUGUGUGGUGGUGGCUGAAUAGCAGAUGCGUGGUGGUGGCUUUAGUAGUAUUUUUUUUUUUGAAUUAUAAAUGUAAUUUUUUUUUGACAAAUUAUAAAUGUAAUAUUACAACAACUUAUUAAUGGAAAUAUAUAUUUUUAUACA